CGUGUGUGUAGGUCAGUGUUAUGUUGGGGUCACGAGACAGAAUGGGAAGGGCGGGGCAAGUAUAUUAUCAGGGACCCCGAGGUCGUGGUCGCCAGUCACCCUCUGCCAGUAAGUGAGAACGUAUCGCUCUCACUCAGAGCCCCACAGCCACGCCACAGCGCACACAUACACAACGAUGGACACAUUGUCGACGCAGGCCUCCUCGGCUAAUUACUUCUUCUGCUUAACGUCAUUUUGUUAUUGACAGGUGUAGAGGCGGCACGGCGAUCCGACUUCAGGCACGGCGGUUUCCCCAAGUUCCCCCUGGGUCCCGGUACCAUCCUGGAGGACACCAAUAUGGGCAGCAGGCAAAAGAACGAGCAGAAGUUCCAGGGAACAACCUGCGGGAGAGUUGUAACGCCAAGAAUCAUUGGUGGCGGAGUCUCCGAAUAUGGAAACCAUCCGUGGCAGGCGGAGAUCGAGGUGUCCCGGUACGGGGAAAGCUUCGUUCACCACUGUGGGGGCGCGAUCAUCUCCCCCCACCACGUCCUCACCGCCGCCCACUGUCUCCAGAAGGGCCGCUCUCGCCACGAGUACCGCAUCAAGGUCGGAGAACACAACUUGAUGAAGGAGGAUGCGGACGAGCAGAUGUUGGAGAUCGAGAACUGGGUGGUGCAUCCUAACUUUGGCAAGGACGGGCAGUACAACAACGAUGUGGCGGUGGUAAAAGUUCGAACACCGAAUGGGAGAGGGCUCAAUAUGACCAGAUUCGUGACUCCUGCCUGCCUGCCCUCCUCCAAUAUUCGCUACGAGCCGGGCACUCGCUGCCAAGUGUCAGGAUGGGGACUGACCGAUCCUGAAAAUACUCAUUCCAAACCACAGAUUUUACACAGCACGGACGUUUUUCUAGUGGCCAAUAAUAUGUGUCAGGAAUUGCACUCUCGCGGGUACGGGCCUGGCAUGAUCUGCGCUGGCCACCUGGAGGGCCUAAAGGACUCCUGUAAUGGGGACUCAGGGGGACCUCUAGCAUGUAAAAUUAACGGGUUGUACACUGUGAUGGGUCUGGUGUCGUGGGGUAAGAGCUGUGGCAAAGCAAUGCAGCCUGGCGUGUACACAGACAUCCAGUACUACAUUGAUUGGAUCCAUGAUGUCAUGGGAAGACCUUAGUGACCUGUGUUUUGUGGCAUCCACUUAGUAUAUACACUUUACUACAGCCAAAGAGACUCUAAAACUCCUUUGAAAAAUUUCAGUUUGGUGACUGGCCAACUAAAGUCGUGCUCAUGUCUUGUUGCUAAAACUUCUGUCCCCAUUCCUGGAAAAUAUGCUGCUCUGCUGAAUUACCACGAUUGUGAGGACUCCUUUGUGCUACAGUAUACAGUGAGUGUCAAAAUCACAGCACAUGCACAUGAGCAAUAAUUCACUUUGGAAAUGAUUCUGGUAGAGGGUUAAUUUGUACUGUUGUACUUUGCUGUUCAGUAUAAACAGCUACUGGUGGCAUCAAUGAACAUUUACACUUAUAAUUGAAGCUUAAAAUGACUUUCAUGCAACUCUGAAAAUAGCCGAGAACAAAAUCCUGGCAAUAGCUAAGUAGUAUGAAAGUAGUAUGAAAGUAAUGGCAAGAAAUAAAUUUAUGAACAUCCCCUUAUAACUAGAGAUAUGAAAAUAUAAGAAUAAUAAAUAUAAAAAGUCUACAUUAUAACCUUCAAAAUUUCUCUACAUUUAAGCACAAAAGCAUUGAACAAAAAACACAAAAGAUGUCAGAAGUAAGACUUGGAUUGUUUCACAUGAAAGAACAGUACAGCAAAGGUUUUGUCUGAUCUACAGCAUUCACCUUUUUAUAUCACAUUUCUAUUUUGAUACAGUAUGUUCUGAGAGAGAGAGAGAGAGAGAGAGAGAGAGAGAGAGAGAGAGAGAGAGAGAGAGAGAGAGAGAGAGAGAGAGAGAGAGAGAGAGAGAGAGAGAAUUUUUUUUUGUUAGCAAGUUGAGUAAUUUCAUUACAUGUAAACAGAGUGUUUUGAAAUACAGAUACUAUUUGUAUAAAUGACGGUUAUAAAUUUGGAAAUGCAUAAUUGUAGAGUUUUGUGUACAGCUAAACCAUCCUUUCAUUUGUAGUGGUUGAUAUUGUAGAUUUCUCUUACAUACAAGAACAAAUUUUGGUUUCAUAACCAUCACUAAUCUUACACAUAUGUAUGAAAAUGUGAAGAUACUGGGCAUUCUAUAGAUUGUAACUAUUUGAUCAUAAACAUCAUCAGUUUCUUGUAUUCAUUUGGUUGAUGACACAUCCACCUAUCCCCCAAACACACACAUACAUUUACCCCCCCCCCACACACACACACUGCAAGAAUCAACCAAGGUUCCUGUUUCUUUGCUAUGGCACAUUACAUAUGGCAGGGAUAUCUUGUCAAUCCAAAAUUGACCAAAAGUAUGGUUUUGUAUUCUGAGCCUUAAACACAUUUGUUUGGCCAAUGUAUCACAUCUGAGAAAACUUGAUAAAGAUUAAAGUUUGAUAAUCUCUGAAUAGUCAGUUUAAACAAAUCAAAUUUCAUCUCCUAGAUAAUUUAGAUCUUAUGUGUGAAUGCCUGUAAGCUUAAAACAAAACACCUAGUCAAUAAUUUCAGUCUUUCAUUAAAUAUAUAUUAAAACAAAUAUUGUGUUGUUUAUCUAUCAUUAAUAAUACAAUAUAACAUAUAUUGUAUAGUAAUAUAAUUACACAAUAAAUGCAUCAUGAUCUUAAAUUAUUUAAUUUUUACCUUUACAAUGUUUACUUAUUAAUGUAUGGCUGAAAAAUACUAACUUCUCAAGUGGGGCAUUUGCUAUGGGAUGAGAUGCUGAUGAUUGUCAAUUGUUUUGAUGUAGGGUGGGGUCAAUGCUACCAGUUUUCUGAAAUGUGUCAUUCUAAAACUGUAAUACAUCUUGGUACUUAAAUGUUACAAAACACUGAUAUAAGUGUUUAUGGUAACAGUAUUCAAGGGGUCUGGUGAUGCACACUCUAUAGAAUUUAUUUCAAGCUAAACAAUUGCAACUAAGCCCUCAAGUGUUUUCACAUAUAUUUAUAAUCAGGUACAUAUUUAAUUUUUAAUGUUAUCCACUGGUUUCUGCAGAGACAAACCAAUGUUUUGCCUGUCAAGUCCCCUAGAGUCAGAAAAGUAUUAUUUGUGCUGACAGGAUAUUUUCUCAGCCUAAAUGUACAGAGACAAAAAGAACUCUUGCCAAUACCAGACACACCAACUUCCCUAAAACAACCAACAAACUUGAGGCAGGAGAAAUGAGUUUGUAGUGCUGUUGUAAAACCAAAGUUUAUACAUGCACAUGUGUUGUAGUUGAUUGUAUGAACAUAUCAAGAAAGAAGAACCAAGGUGUGAUAGGAUGGGUUGUAUUUCUAAAGAAAAGGGCAACUUAGGGAAGACAUUAGGACACAGGUGUAAACAAGCAGUAACUUAGGAAAGAUGUUGGGAGUUGGGAGACAAGUCAAUAGACAACCUUCAACAGUGUCCCACUAAGAUUUGGCAUCAUUACAUAGAUGUUUCUUCCAUAUGUGUCAGGAUUUAUAUAUGGGUAUGUAAACUAUACAACUUAAAUGAGUAAUUCAUAUAAAGAGUAAAAAGUGUUCAUCCCAUGGUGAUGAUAUAUCCAAGACAUGAGAAAAUGUGCAUAGUAUUUGGCUUGUUUUGUCAUAUUUUGCUCUCUGCUUAACAAUGAUGGCCAAAAAUGUCCUUAAUAUUCUAUUACUAGUUGUUCUAAAACAACAUACAAAUGAUGUAGAUUUUUUUUUUUCAAGCUGACUAUAUUUUGAGUAAAAUCAAGUUUUUUUCAGAUGAUAGUGAAUGCCCAAGUGGUAUUACUCCUUUUUUUUCUUUUCUCCCAAGUUCUCCAGUUUUAAAUAUCCCUCAAUAUUUCAUAUUUUCUGUGGAUUACCUUUGGCACCUGAUCUACUUCAAAGUACUCAACAUGCCUUAUCCGAUCUAUCAAGUAGUUCAGUCAAGUGUGCAACAUGAUACACCCAAUAAUUCACUUUUCCUCCAGAGAGAGAGAGAGAGAGAGAGAGAGAGAGAGAGAGAGAGAGAGAGAGAGAGAGAGAGAGAGAGAGAGAGAGAGAGAGAGAGAGAGAGAGAGAGAGAGAGAGA